CAUAGCAACAGUACACCGACAACUGCAUAGCGAUCCAUCUAGACAGUUACUCUCAUGGGACUCACUUUAACUUUUAAUUUUAUUCUUAAUUCAUAAACAAAUUCGAGAAAAUUCGCUAUAGUUAACGUAAGUCAAAACGUGUCCUUAUUUCUGACGGUUAACCCUUCGUGGACAACAAUUAAAUACAACUGAAGCAGCUGAAACAAUGCCAGUCCCUCAAAAAGCUGGAACCGGGCGAUCCAAACAGGGCUCUAAUGCUCAUUCCCAGUCCAGGGCACCUGCUGUAAAGAGUUCCAAAGUCUCCAGUAAGAAGAAGGAUGAUGAGGAUGGGACAGAGCUUGGCGACGGAGGAGAUGAGUGGACGCAGGGAAAGACUCUGCUGAAGCCUCCAGACCAGUUGGACCUGUCUGAGACAGAGCUGAAAGAGGAGUUCACUAGAAUACUGACGGCAAACAAUCCACAUGCUCCACAGAACAUUGUCAGAUACAGCUUCAAAGAACGCUCCUAUAAGCCAAUCAGCAGUGUGGACCAGUUGGCUGUUCACUUUGUGCUGGAGGGUAAUCUUUUGCACAAGGACUCAGACGAGGCUCGGAGACAGAGGGCUAAGCAAGGGCUGCAAGAAGAGAAACCAGCUGAAGCCUCUGUGGCAGAAACUGAGGACAAACCAGACACUCCGGCAGAUGUGGCUGAGGAUGCGGGUGAUGCAGAGGAGGGCGCUGGAGACGAGAGGCCUGACAGUGUGGACGUCAAGUCGGGGAAAAAGGAACAGAAGCUCACCAACCAGUUCAACUUCAGUGAGAGAGCCUCUCAGACACUCAACAACCCUCUGAGAGAGAGAGGAUGUCAAACUGAACCUCCUCCUCGUGCCACGUUUUCUGCUACAGCUAACCAGUGGGAGAUCUAUGAUGCCUAUGUGGAGGAGCUGCAGAAGCAGGAGAAGAAUAAGGAGAAACAGAAGGCUCUCCCUUCUAAGAAAGAGGAAGACAAAGGCAAGAAGAAGACAACAAUGGUGGAGAAUCCGAGUGAUGACAUAACCAAAGUGGCAAAGGUGGCCAAGAUCGUUGAGCGCAUGGUGACUCAGAACACCUUUGAUGACAUUGCUCAGGAUUUCAAGUAUUUUGAAGACGCAUCAGAUGAGUUUCAGGAACAGGAGGGCACACUUCUCCCGCUGUGGAGGUUCCAGUACGACAAAGCCAAGCGUCUGUCAGUGACAGCCCUGUGCUGGAAUCAAAAAUACAAAGAUCUGUUUGGUGUAGGACUUGGGUCAUAUGACUUCACUAAGCAGGGUCGAGGCAUGCUUCUGUUCUAUUCUUUGAAGAACUCCACCUGCCCAGAGUUCAUCUUCCCAACUCUGUCUGGGGUUAUGUGUCUGGACAUUCAUAAGCAGCUCUCCUACUUGGUGGCAGUGGGCUUCUAUGACGGCUGUGUGGCCGUCUAUAACCUGAAGGACGACGGGCCGCAGCCGGUCUAUAAGAGCACUGCUAAAACAGGCAAGCACACGGACCCUGUGUGGCAGGUGAAGUGGCAGGAAGAUGACAUAGACAACAAUCAUAAUUUCUUCUCGGUCUCCUCUGAUGGCCGUGUGGUAUCGUGGACCCUUGUGAAGAAUGAGCUGGUGUUCACAGAUAUCAUUAAGCUGUCUAUAGAAGGACCUAUUAAUGAGGGACAAGAGGGUAUGCAGCUUCCUGCUAUGGCCUGCGGAACAUCUUUUGAUUUCCAUAAACAGACUGACUACCUUUUUCUCGUUGGCACAGAAGAGGGCAAAAUUCACAAGUGUUCCAAAUUCUACUCCAGCCAGUUACUGGAGACGUAUGUUGCGCACAACAUGGCGGUGGAUGCAGUGAAGUGGAACCACUUCCAUCCUAAGGUCUUUAUCUCCUGCAGCUCUGAUUGGACUGUCAAGAUAUGGGAUCACACCAUCAAGAGCCCGAUGUUCACCUUUGACCUGAAUGCAGCUGUGGGGGAUGUGGCCUGGUCCCCGUACUCCUCCACUGUGUUUGCUGCUGUGACCACAGAUGGAAAGGUCCAUGUGUUUGACCUCAGUGUUAACAAAUAUGAAGCUAUCUGCCAGCAGGCAGUGGUGGCCAAGAAGAAGACCAGGCUAACUCACAUUGAGUUUAACCCUGCGUACCCCAUCAUCAUCGUGGGCGACGACCGGGGCUACGUCACCAGCCUCAAGCUUUCUCCCAACCUCCGCAAGAAGCCCAAGGAGAAGAAGGGUCAGGAGUUGCCAAAGGGCCCGGAGGUGGAGGUAGCUAAGAUGGAGAAGCUGUUGAGUCUGCUGAGGGAACCUGAGAGUACUUCAAAUGAUUAAUGCCUAGUGAGUCCUCCAGAACUCUGUAAUAGCACAGCAAUUCCUGAUUAGGGUUGCAGAACACUUCAUCUCUACUGUUUCUGUAUACUUUUUUUAUACUUCAGAGACCACACUUCAUGUAUUUAAUUUCAAGUCAAAACAGCUACUAAGUACAAGUUAUCCAUUUUUCAAUAGAUAAUUAUGAGGAGAUUCGAUGUAAGAUUAUCCACUUAGACAAGGAAGGGGAAAGUCAAAGGAAAAUAUAUGGAAAAACACAACUAGAGUUGAAAAAUGAUUCAAAGAUGUAUAAGAAAUGGGACUACUAACAACCAUGUAAGACCUGGUAGACCACCAGUAAUGUCAUCAUCAGAUAAACAGCACUUAAAGCUUUCAUCUAAAAGAAAGAGGAGAAAAUCAAGCUCCACUCUUGCUUUAGAUCUGAAAAAUUCCACAGGUUAUUUUUUCAACUUUGCUAUGAGUCUGAAAGUAUGUGUAGCUGUCAAGUAGCCAGCUGAGAAAAAUGUCAGAAAAAAGCACAAUCAAACAAAAGAUCCUGCUGGUGAAUCCAGACCUCAACUUCACUAAAUGUGUUUGGGAUUAUUUGGAUCAUGAGAAGCAGAAAAUGCAACUAACUUCUAAGACUAAACUUUGGAGGUGUGGAAAAACAUCCUUGCACAUUUCUUUUUAAAACUGGAAGCAAGUCUCCCAAAAAUAAUGGAAGCUGUAACAAAGGCAAAGGCUGGAAACACUAAAUACUCUACUCUAGUCCCUGAGUCCAGUCCAAACACUAAAUACUGGAAAAUGUGGUAUUAUAUCUAGUCAUUUAUAAUCUUCUGUUAAAAAUGUUUUCUGUUUUUUUUUCCUGGUGCUGAAAAUUGAAUAACUUAAAGGCUGAUUUGACUGGAAAUUAACAAAUAUAAAAUUAUCAUGGUCUCUGACUUUUGCACAGUACUGUACCAACUUAAGAUUAUUCUUAUCAACUUGAUGUUAUCUGAAUA